ACAGCGCUCAACACAGUUUUUUUGUUUGUGUUAGCUGAUGUUCGACUUGUGUGCCAGGGAUCUGCACCAUACUAUCGAGUAUUACAUAUUGUAUGAACAAGGUGAUCACGGUCCAGCUGUCAAAAGAUGUUAUCCCAGUGAUCUUUCUGAUGUAUUCAUUGAACGUAUCAUCGAAUUCGCAUUUUGUUGUGAUGAUAGACGUUUAUCAGUAGAGGAAUUUGUGAUUGUAUUCACAGAUGCCAAGGGCAUAUUGGAAUUCGUUUUUUGUUACCAACCAAACGAAAGAUUUCUGCUUUGCAUUUCAAGCAAAUUUCCUUGGUGUGAGUGCUUUCACUCUCUGCUAAGCAUUUUAUGGCAUCAUGGUCUUUAUCGUGAUGUUCACUGGUCCAUUAUGGAGCCAUUCUUCUCUCAUCUAAGUUCUACUAUUCCACCUCGUUUACCGAUCGAUCGUAUUCAAUGUGCGAAUCCAUUCAACCCGUCUAUGGGUUUUGUGCUCCGAAUUCCAACACCUCAAUCCCCACAUUAUUUGAACUACGUUAUCGAAUAUUACAAUGCAUUGGAUCUUUCACUGUGGAUACAUAUAUUUGUAAGCUUACUUUUGGAGCGAAGUUUACUAUUCUGUUCAAGACGGUUGACAAAGUUGACAGCGUGUGUCUUAACUUCUGUUUCAUUGUUGUAUCCGAUUCAAUGGGCUCAUUCAUUUUAUCCACUAAUUCCAGACAAAGUACUCGGUGUUUUGGAAUGUCCAGUUCCAUUUGUAGCUGGUAUACAUUCUUGUAAUUUAGAGAAGGCAAAAGAGCAUUUAACCGCUGGAACACGUUUAGUGGAUUUGGACUUGGGUCAAAUUUUUGUGCAUAAACCAACUACAAAUGAUUUACAUACUGAACAUAUGGAUAUGGAGUUGGGUACACCAAAAGCAAUAUAUAGUUUUUUACAUCAUCAAUUAAAAGAAAUUCAACGACAAUUAAAUGAGACGAUGAAUUCAAAAAAACUAAAAAAUGGUGAUUGGAAACAAGUUAAUGGUGAAAUACUUAGAUGUUUUGAAAGAUUAACUCAUCCAUUUUUUGAAUUGAUUGUUAAUCUCUUAGGCUGUUAUACAGAAUGUUUAAUUCGACGAGAUGCAAAUCCUGAAGUAGAUUUAAACGCUCUUAUCGCUUGCCAAUCUUGUCCUGGUUUAGAAUCAUUCCUGAAAUCUAUGUUUGAAUCACAAACAAUUCAGUUGUUCUUAGAUCAACGUUCCAGACGACCACCUGAUAAAAAAAUUGAUUUAUUUGAAAAUCGUGCGUCUCAAUUACGAGGUCAAGCUAAAAACACAUAUCACUAUAAAGCCACCGUAUCAUUUGGUCCAAUAUUUACAAGUUCAUUAUCAAAUAUUGCAUCAAGUUCUACUAAAUAUGAUUUAAAGCUUGGGCGUAAAAAAUAUAAUUUUGGCAGUCCAGAAUGGUUACGAGCUAAAAAGUUGAAAAAUCCUGGUCGUAUUUGUCAAAAAGGAUUACCAGAGUCAAAGAAACGUGUUAAAUCUGAAAGUUCUUUUACCUGGAAUAUUUUAUCACGAAAGGCUGAACAAUCACUGGUUUCGUAUAAAAAUAAUAAGUUUGGUUCAAUGGAUAUAAAUCCAAAGCAUACACCGAUAAUGGCACGUAUGCAGGAUAUAGAUCAUUCGUCUUAUCGAAAUCGUCCGAAUUCUUGUUUUGCUAAUACUACGCCCAGUUUUGCAUCUGGGACUCUUCUUAGUAGGAAUCAAUUUUUUAGAGAUUAUCAAAAUAAUCAGUUGGAAAUACAAACUGGUGACAGUCGUUCUUCAGAUUCUUCAUUCAAAUCAUCCAGUAGUCCAUCAAAUCAUUUUAAUCUAUCUGAUAUGGAAUCCCAUAAACCAUUAAAACGUGAACCGCCACCACGACCUCCUCCACCUCGUUUUCUUCAUAAUAAUAAUCAUAUUCAGUUGAAAAGUAUGCAUCAAAUGAAAUCACAAACUCUUGUUAAUGAAACAAGACAAUCAGUAUCACUGCCAAAAAAUGAUUUCACAAAAUCAUUCGCAAAAUUAAAUCGUAUCAAAAGCGAAAAGGAUGCUGGUGUUAUCUCAUCAGUAUACGGUGAAACAUGUUCACUAACUCACGCCAGACGCAAAACAUGCCCGUCCACUGAUAGCUUAACUGCAUCUUCUCCUCCACCGUUACCUCCACGUCCGCAUCUUCCAUCUUUGGAUUGGGUCAAACGUUCAACUACAUCUCUUCAACAUAUAGACAAAUGUUUAAAUAAAUCAGUGAAUGGUUAUUUGCGUAAUAGUAACAUGAACUUGGAUAAACCAAGAAAUGGAACAUCUUUAUGCCGACCAUUGAAAAUACCUAUAACUAUCAAUUCAUCUAGUCAGCGUAGUCGUCAUCAACUCACUGGUAAUAGUAAUGGAAUAAUUGUACCACGUUCUUCUGGUGCUAACGUUCCGCCACCAUUGCCACCUAAGAAAUUGUCACUGAAGGUUCAACCACCAUUAUUAUUGAACUCCAAUUCUUUAAAAUCUGUUUCAUCUGAAUCCAAUCCUAACUUAUUGAUGACAAAAUCUACAACAACAGACAGUAAACAACUAUCUCUAUGUGAACGCAGAGCUAAACGAUUUCAAAGUUUAAAUGAUAAAAGCUUACAAAUAAAUCCAAUCAAAAUGACUCUUCCAUUAAAACUGACACAAAACAAUAAGAGUAUACAAUCUGGACAAACAGACACCCACAAAAAACAAACAUCUCAUGAGUCGAUAUCACGAAUUAUAGAUGGUCUAUCACUUGAGUAUCAAAAAUCAAAUUGUUCCACACUAUCACAAUCAGUUUCAGAUAUUCACACUCGAUCUGGAUCGUAUUAUUCUAUCGCAGAAACAAAAACGAAUCCUUUAAAUGUACCAAUAAAAAAUUCAAUUUCAGAAUUAUUAUCGGCGAAAGAGUUGUCUUUAGAUGUUCAAAAUACUGACAGUAAUAAUGGCAAUAGUGGUGAACAUAGACUACGUGUUCGAUUAAAAUAUGGGACAACUUCCCCACAAAGAAGAAGUAAAUCAACUACUGUGCCAAAUUUAACAUUACAUCGUGCUCAUACUAUGUCUGAUUAUCAGCUUCCACGUAAUAAUUUAUACAGAACAAAAUCAAUGAAUGUACCAACGACUAAUUUUGCACCAAUAGCUUUCAUGGAAUCACAUCCAGUAGAACUACGUUGAUUAGUAUUUCACAUAGAAGAACAACAAAGACAAAAGGAAUAAACAAUAAGAUCUCUGAAUAUUAUUUGUUAGUAUUAGUUUUGAUUAUCGUCAAAAACGUUUUACUCCCACACAAAUUUAGGCUUGCUGAUGAGAAAAUAGCCAAAAAGGCAACUGAAGAUGGAAACUAUCACAAAUGUUAAGUAAUAUAUUUAUCUUUAUCUAUACUAUUUUAAUAUGUUAUUUGUUGUUGUACACUACUCAUAUAAUUAGUACCGCUGUGAUAUUUUUACAAAAUCAUAAUGAUAAUAAUGAUGUCACUGUCAAUUGUUGAUUAAUUUAACACUUAUCUACUCCCUUAUUCUUUUGUACAUAAGCAUAUUAACAUAUAUAUACCUCUGCAGAUAUAUAUAUAUUACUGAUAGCAAUGAGCAUAAAUCACGACAAAUUAUUGACUAUUUAUUAAAAUAUGCACCAUUCUGAUUUGAUCUUUGUGAACAUUACACAGAAACAAAAUAGAAUUCAAAUACUUUCUCUUUCUUUUUUUCGACAAAGAGUCUAUUACAAUUCAUUUACAUAGAAAAUCACUCGGAGUUUUUCUUAGUAGUUUUUCAAUUUCUUUUUCUCAUUUAGACAAAUGACUUGGCUUAUUCUAUUUUUAUUUGGGAUGAACAUAUAACGAUUGAAAUUUACAUUAAUAUCCCUAUAUUUAGAUGGAUUAACUGUACAUGGCUGUUUCUUGUUGCUUUAUUUCCUCUUUAAUUAAUGGAAAGUAACGUAAAUACAAUAUGGCCAAUAAAUGUUGAAUGUGGAGAAUAUUUUCUUUAUCA